CUGGUGGCGCGCGAAACGCGGUGGGCGGGGCUGGGGCGAAAACCACUGACUUCCGGCUAGGCCGUUGUCUGGGCGGCGCGGUCGAGUCAUCGCAGGGCCUCACCGCUUCGUUCUCCCGUCCCUCCCCGCGCCUUGGCGCGGGGGGUCGACUAGCCAAGUGAGGCGGGAGGCGACUCGGACCUUUCCCUGCAUUUCGUUUCGGCCAGUGCCGGGGGCUACCGGCCCUGGGGCCUGGGAUCCUUGGGGCCCGUGAGGCCCACUGUUAGCGGCUGGGGCCUACCGCGGCCCGCCGCCGGCCCUCAUGAGGCAUAGCCUGACCAAGCUGCUGGCAGCCUCGGGCAGCAACUCCCCAACCCGCAGUGAGAGUCCGGAGCCGGCUGCAACCUGCUCGCUGCCCUCGGACCUGACCCGGGCUGCAGCGGGGGAGGAGGAGACGGCGGCGGCCGGAUCUCCCGGCCGCAAGCAGCAGUUUGGCGACGAAGGAGAGUUGGAAGCCGGGAGGGGGAGCCGCGGCGGCGUGGCCGUGCGCGCGCCCUCGCCCGAGGAGAUGGAGGAGGAGGCGAUCGCCAGCCUCCCGGGGGAAGAGACGGAGGAUAUGGACUUUCUGUCUGGGCUGGAACUGGCGGAUCUCCUGGACCCCCGGCAACCGGACUGGCACCUGGACCCCGGGCUUAGCUCGCCGGGGCCUCUCUCCUCGUCUGGCGGAGGCUCGGAUAGCGGCGGCCUGUGGAGAGCGGACGAUGAUGAAGAGGCCGCGGCUGCUGAAAUGCAGCGCUUUUCUGACCUGCUGCAAAGGCUGUUAAACGGUAUCGGAGGCUGCAGCAGCAGCAGUGACAGUGGCAGCGCCGAAAAGAGGCGGAGAAAGUCCCCAGGAGGAGGCGGCGGUGGCGGCAGCGGUAACGACAACAACCAGGCGGCGACAAAGAGUCCCCGGAAGGCGGCGGCGGCCGCUGCCCGCCUUAAUCGGCUGAAGAAGAAGGAGUACGUGAUGGGGCUGGAGAGUCGAGUCCGGGGUCUGGCAGCCGAGAACCAGGAGCUGCGGGCCGAGAAUCGGGAGCUGGGCAAACGCGUACAGGCACUGCAGGAGGAGAGUCGCUACCUACGGGCAGUCUUAGCCAACGAGACUGGACUGGCUCGCUUGCUGAGCCGGCUGAGCGGCGUGGGACUGCGGCUGACCACCUCGCUCUUCAGAGACUCGCCCGCCGGUGACCACGACUACGCUCUGCCGGUGGGAAAGCAGAAGCAGGACCUGCGGGAAGAGGACGACUCGGCGGGAGGAGUCUGUCUCCAUGUGGACAAGGAUAAGGUGUCGGUGGAGUUCUGCUCGGCGUGCGCCCGGAAGGCGUCGUCUUCUCUUAAAAUGUAGGGUCAAGUAAUCUGCUCUUUAUCCGCGUUUACCCCUUUCAACUCCCUUACACCAUGUCAAACUUACCGUAGUGGGACAUCUUCACCGGACACAUUUCAGAGGAGAGAAAAAAAGUAAUAUUGAAUCUUAAAGUGUUUAGCUAAAAGCAUGAAUGUGACACAGUAACCAACUCCUAAUGAUAACAUGUGACUAUUAAAUCUCUCUGACAGUUUCUUUUUUAGGUGAUUUCCUUCCUGCCAGGCUCCGUUGUAGGGGUUACAGAACAGUCGUUCCCGCCUCACAACCUGGUAAGGAUCCAUCUCUUCCCGUAACGCUCAUGCUCUGCUGCUUAAUCUACUUUAAUGGGCAACAUCUCAGUUUGUGUGUGUGUGAUUUUUUUUUUUUUUCUGUUUUGGAAGGUGGGAGGGAAAUCUAAUUUGGGCCCUGUCCACCCUGGAAACAGACUUGUGCUGGUCAAGAAUGUAUUUAAGAUGCCUCUUCUGGUUGAAAUAGCUAUUAAUGUGUCCCCUUAUUCAGACUUUGCGUGUACCUAGCUCUUCUGUCCCCAGUGUGGACAUGGCCUUGGAUGACAUCGGUUCCAACUGUACACUGAAACCUGCUUAUAGAGAGACAGUUUGGAGACAGUGAAACAGGUGAAGUUGAAUGGAAGUUCCGAGUUGUACAAGGUGCAAAUUGGAAUUCCGAUUUUAGGGCAACUUUUCAGAGGUUGACAAUAAGUAUUUGAGGCAUGCACAAAUGUGAUAGUUAUUUUGCUGGAGGUGACAGGUAUCUCUUAAAUAUCAACAAUGCCUUUUAGUUUUCAGUGCGAGAUAUAGAAACAGUCUAUACGGAGUAACAGAUUUUAAUGUCUCACCAUUAGAGAAGUUGGAAAUUAACAUACAUAUCAGACUCCUGUGUUUUAGUUAAUUGGAGAAUAAGAAUGGCUAAUGUUUCUUUGAGGACCAGCAGUGAUUACCCUAUCACUGAGUAUGAAUAAAUUGUUGAACAUCUUUAUUUUUGUUGUAUUAAAAUUUUAGGUUAAAUUUAUAUAUGUAUGAUUAGAUAUUGAAGGUUGUGAAAUGUGAAUGAAAACGUGUAAAGUGAGGCUUCACAAAGAAUCUUAUUCUCUGUGUUUCAAAAGUAUUUGUCCUAUUUUAAAAUAAUUUUUUAAAUUAAGUGGUUCUGGCCACUUAAAUGACACGAUUGGCACUAUUUUCCUAAAGGUGGGAUUUAUUCUUCCCUUGAAUCUAUUAACCAGUUGUAUAAAUUGAGUUAUGGUGUCCUUCAGUGUAAGAGGCAUUAAGAAAUUCUUUGUGAAACAUCACUGCUUGAUAAAGUAUAUACGUAUUUAGCAUCCUUGUUUUUCUUUGUGCUAAAGUGGAUACAGCUGUUGGGGCAGAAGAGACGGGACCAGCUGCUGGCCACAUUUCCUGCUUUAUUUUAAAA